AUGAAAAAGAAGAGGGAUGCAAUUGAAAGAGAGAUUAGUGGACCAAGUACACAAAUUGUCACACGAAGUGGAACCCUGAUAAGGUGUGGUAUUUGUAAGGAACCAGGUCACAACAAGAAAAAAUGUCCAUCUAACCAGCAAAGCAAUACAUCAAUACCAAGUUCAUCCAAGGGUAGUGGAGCAGGCCCAAGUUCAUCCAGAGGCAGUGAAGGACCAUCACCUGUAGCCCAACCACCUCCUCCACCACGACCUGCAGCCCAACCACCUCCACCACCACCUGCAGUUCAUGUGCCAAGAAGAAGGGCCCAAGUUGGUAGAAGUGGAAAGAGGAAAUAUUUUGAGCGGAUCAUCAAACAAGCAGUGUUACAAAAUGUACGAGGAUUCAGGAAGAAGAAAUGGCUAAAGGAAUACGGAAGAUCAAGAGAGAAGAAUAAAAGGACGCAACUGACAGAUUUGACAAACAUUUAUGAAAUAAAAAGCAGGAAGCCAACUGUUACUAGCAGGGGUUCAAGUGCCUAUAAGCCUACGAUCAGUCAUGGGCACGUGGACAAACAAAGAGUCAUUAACUUGGCCAAGUAA